GCAUCUUUACCAGUUAAAACGAUGCAGUGCUCGCAGAAAACCAACUCGCUUCAAAUAGCAGUGCUGGUAUGCGACCAUCUACUGCCAGAGAUUCAGACACAGUUUGGAGACUAUCCUGCUCUCAUUGGGAAUCUACUCGUUGAUGCAGGAAAGUCGCUGGGUCUUGUUGUCAAGUGUGAUUCAUUCUAUGUGAUUGAUGGCCAAUAUCCAGCUGCACCUCAAGAAUAUGAUGCUGUUGUCCUGUCUGGUUCAAAGUACUCUGCCUAUGAUCAGCUUGAUUGGAUCAACAGGUUGAAGCAGUUUGUUCGAGACACUGACGCUCUUCAAACAAAGAUAAUUGGUAUAUGUUUUGGCCAUCAGAUCAUUGCAGAGGCAUUGGGAGGACAAGUUUCCAAAAACCCUCUUGGAUGGGAAGUUGGUUUUACUCGGAUUAGACUUUCACAAGAGGACACUGCUGCUCAACUGGGUUUACAGUCUGGUGUACUCGAACUGUGUUUGCAGUCCAUGCACCAAGAUCAUGUCACUGUUGUUCCCAAAGGCUUUACAGUGUUGGCAUCGACGGAUAUCUCGAAUGUGCAGAUCAUGAGUAAAGGAUAUUCGUGUCUGUCCCUUCAAGCUCAUCCAGAAUUUUGUUCAGGCAUUGUGCGACAUCUCAUAAAUGUCCGGACUGCCAGCGGAGUGUUUGAAAAGAAUGCUGCCAAAAAAUGGCUUGAUGUGGUAGACAACCAAACAGAUGGUACUUUGUUUGCUGCAUCGAUCCUUUGGUUCAUUAGACAACCAUCACUAUGAUUGACUGGUAUAAUUCAAUGGCAUUUUAAACAAAGUAGCUUGAACAAUAAAGGCCGAUUGACCAGAUUGAUACAAGUGUGCUUUCAAAUGUUCAGUAAACUAAACACCACAGUUGGGUUGAGUAGCAGUAUUAGACUACUGAUCACAUCAGAUGCCAUUGACGAUAAGUCGCGUUUUACAGCCGUAUCCACGUAAAAUGGAUCGUUUGUAUUUAUCUUGCAGUGAUCGACUCUAAAAUAAGCAAUGGUCAACUAUUCAGUUUCCUACUACAGGUUGACCUAAUAAA